GUACAAAACCGCUAACAUAAUCACAGUGGGGUACAGUAUAAAAUCUGAGCGCUGGAAGUGAGUGAAAGUGAAAUCUCUUUCGCGUCUCGCAGUGAUCGCACCUCAUCAACGUUAUCGCUCCGUAUCAUAAACAGAAUGUGGAUCCUCGCUCUUGUGCUUUUUAGCGUUAUUGUUGCGCUACUCUCCUACAUGGAUAUGAGAAAGCCGAAAAACUACCCACCUGGACCAAAAUGGCUACCAGUACUAGGAAGUGCACUUACUGUAGCUUCUCUCCGCAAGCAAACCGGAUACCUCUAUAGGGCUACUAUUUGUUUAGCUGAGAACUAUGGACCUAUCGUAGGUUUAAAAGUAGGCAAAGACCGACAGGUUGUAUGCUGUGGCUAUAACGCUAUCAAAGAAAUGUUGACUAAAGAUGAAUUUGACGGUCGUCCACAAGGACCAUUUUAUGAAACAAGAACUUGGGGUACUCGAAGAGGUCUUUUGUUAACUGACGAAGAUUUUUGGGUUGAACAACGUCGGUUUGUGUUGCGUCAUUUGCGUGAAUUUGGUUUUGGGAAGAGAACCAUGGCCGAGUUAGUUCAAGAAGAAGCUUCAGAACUUGUAGAAACUUUUAGAGCAAAAAUCGCUCAAUCCAAAGACGGAAAAGGUGAAAUAUUCGCCAUGAGAGAUGCAUUCAGUGUUGGUGUACUUAACACACUAUGGUCUAUGAUGGCUAGCAAAAGAUAUGACGCUGAAGACAUUGAACUCAAAAACAUGCAAAAUUUACUCACUGACUUGUUCGCUAAUAUCGAUAUGGUUGGUGCAUUGUUCAGCCAAUUCCCAUUCCUAAGGUAUGUAGCCCCGGAAGCUUCCGGGUAUACAUCGUUUGUUGAUAUCCACCAACGUGUCUGGAAGUUCCUCCGAAAAGAGUUAGACGAACACAAAGAAACGUUUGUUUUAAACCAACCACGUGAUCUUAUGGACGUUUAUCUACAAAUGUUGCAUUCUGAGGACAAAAAGGACAGCUAUUCGGAGUCUCAGCUCUUAGCCAUCUGCAUGGACAUGUUUAUGGCCGGUUCGGAAACGACCAGCAAGUCCCUUGGAUUCGGGUUCCUUUACUUACUUCUAAAUCCAGAAGUACAGAAAAAAGCCCAAGAAGAAAUUGAUAGGGUAGUAGGACGCGAUCGAUUGCCUACUCUCAACGAUCGACCAAACAUGCCUUAUUUGGAAUCUCUAGUAUUGGAAUCUGUCCGCGUAUUCAUGGGCCGUACUUUUAGUAUUCCACAUAGAGCACUCAAAGAUACCACGUUACAAGGCUAUCACAUUCCUAAAGACACUAUGGUAAUUGCCAAUUUUGCUGCAUUGCUCAACGAUGAUGCUGUGUGGGACAAACCAGAAAAAUUUGAACCUGAAAGAUUUAUUGGUGUCGAUGGUAAAGUUGUUAUACCUGAUGAAUACUUGCCUUUUGGAUACGGUAAACAUCGUUGCAUGGGUCAAACUCUUGCCAGAUCGAACAUAUUUUUGUUUUCCGCAUGUCUUUUGCAAAACUUUGAUUUUUGUGUACCACCCGAUCAAAGUCCACCUAGUACACUUGGAGUAGAUGGAGUGACACCUUCCCCUGGAGAAUAUGAUGCUUAUGUUAAAUUACGUUCGAGAUAACAAAAAUCAAAAUGUUAUCAUCCAUUAUAAUUUAACAUAAUGACUAUUUUAUCAUUUAGCUAAAAAUAUUGUACAUUUUUGGAUGUUUACCUAAAAUGUACAGUAUAGUUAAUGACUAUAUAAAGAUUUUUGUACGUGUAAUAUUAAUUUGAUAAUAAUACGUCGUUGUUUUAUGUCAUAAUCAUGAAUAUUAGGUUAAUAAUAAUAAUUAUUAAACAUAAAUUAGUCUGAUAAAGUUUCCUGGAAUAUUGAACAAGUUAAAUUUGUGAUUUUGACAUAAAAAUGACUGUGAAAAUGACUGAUGGAUUUUGUUGCCAAAUUGAUCAAAUCCAAAAAUUAUAAUUAAAUAUUUUUAUUUAAUAAAAAUAAUUUUUAAUUAA